GCGCCACUAGGGUACUUCCGCUUUUAGUGGACAAUUUGUUUUGGUUAAUAUGAACUACGCUUUGUCACGCUGACCAAGGUCCACGGUGGUACUUUAGCCUACUGGUUAAACCAGUGAAUUUCUGACAAACUUUGCUACAACUCCUCCCCCGAAGUCUGCGUUUCACUCCCCACCUCCUUUUAAGUGCCACCGCCCCUUCUUUUCCUCUAUCGAUUCCAGAAGCUAGCCUGCUAGUUAGCAAAGAAGCUAGCGCCUGCCAGACAUAUUACCCAUGUCAUCAGAAGAAGGCUUGAGCUCAACGAUCGCGGAUUGGCUUUUUGUUAAUUCCUGGUGGCUUCUCUUGCCGUUCGUCAUGCUGCUUGUGGUUGCUGCCUUCAUUGUUGCAUUUGUGCUGCUGUUAUACAUGAUAUCGCCCCUUAUUAGCCCCAAACCCCUCAAACUGAAUGGGGCCCACGUCGUGGUGACGGGAGGCUCAAGCGGAAUUGGGAAAUACAUAGCUAUGGAAUGCUACAGACAAGGAGCUUUCAUUACGUUGGUGGCACGAGAUGAGGCAAAGUUGCUUCAAGCCAAAAAAGAAGUGGAGAAAUUUGCCAUUAAUGAUAAACAGGUGGUCCUCUGCAUAUCCGUGGAUGUUUCUAGUGAUUACAGUCAAGUGGAAAGUGUUAUUAAACAGGCUCAAGAGAAGCUGGGUCCAGUUGAUAUGCUUGUAAAUUGUGCUGGAACGUCCUUUUCUGGAAAGUUUGAAGAAGUAGAGAUCGAUCGUUUCAAGAGGCUGAUGGAAGUGAACUACCUGGGUAGCGUCUAUCCAACACGUGCUGUCAUAACCACCAUGAAGGAGAGAAGAAUGGGUCGCAUCAUGUUUGUUUCAUCUCAGGCUGGCCAGAUAGGACUUUUUGGCUACACGGCUUACUCCCCAUCCAAGUUUGCCCUGCGAGGUUUAGCCGAGUCGCUGCAGAUGGAGAUAAAGCCCUACAAUAUCUAUGUGACGGUGGCCUAUCCACCAGACACAGACACCCCAGGACUGGCAGAGGAAAACAAGACAAAGCCCCUGGAAACCAGAUUAAUUUCUGAAACCUCAGGAGUAUGUCAGCCAGACCAAGUGGCCAAGAUAGUCGUUCGGGAUGCAGUGCAGGGGAACUUUAACAGCUCUGUGGGUCCAGAUGGGUACAUGCUGUCAGCACUCACCUGUGGGAUGUCACCUGUCACCUCCAUCACAGAGGGUCUCCAGCAGAUCGUUACCAUGGGCCUGUUCCGCACCAUCGCACUAUUCUACCUGGGAAGCUUUGACAGCAUUGUGCGCCGCUGCAUGAUUCAGAGGGAACAGUCCAAGGCAGCCGACAAGCGAGAGUAACCCACUUCCAACAAGCGUAGGUGGCCAGAAGGCCCAAAUAGUAGGACAGCAGCUCCACUAUCCAUUUUCUUGUGUACCCCCCCUCCCCCUCCAGCAACAUUUCUGUUUAACAUGCACACGCUUCUGGUCAUAGGAGCAGCCUUACUUUAAGCGUUCCACAGGCGUGUUUAUUCGUAAUGGAGGGAUGUUAUUGUACACAUUAGCAGGCUUCCCCACCUCCACUCACAGUACAAGCAAUAUCCUGUUGGACUGGUUGUGCCAAAUAUGGCCUGAAAUUCCCUCCCACAGAAGCUGAAGUCAAAACAACACUGGUGAGUAAGUCACCUUUUUGUCCUCAUGUUGCAUGCAUCCAAAAACAUACGGACACCAUAUUAUCAAUGUAUACUUUCACCGAAUAAGAAAAGCUUUUUCUAGCAAGCUUUUCCUCCCAUUAAGUCUUUGCAGGCAAAGACCACUCCAAAUAUCUUGGUUUUGCUUCCCUUGUCUGUGUGUGUGUGUGUGUGUGUGCGUGCAGAUCCUCUAUGGUGUAAUUAUGUUUUAUUAUGAAUACAAAUGUAAUUUCAGGAAGAAAGGCGGGACUUUAAAACAUGUUUCCACCAGACAUUUCAUUUCUUAGUGAUACAAAUCGGAAAUGUGGCUUGCGUUUUCACUGUGGAUUGUGUUUUGUUUUGUUUUUUUUUAAUGUGUACAAUAAUCAGACUACAGGGUGUCUAGCAACACCCUUUUGAUACCCCGUUGGUAGGGUAACUAACAGUGAUAUGGUUGCAAUUAUUUGCUUUUUAAUUGCAAAACCCACAUUCCAUAACAAACGUAAUAGCUGCUUAGUAGCAUACCACUGCUGUUGCUACCCUAACACAAGGGUACCAAAAAGUGGUAUGGUUUUUUUAAUUGCAAAAAUGACACUACAGCACAUACUUAACUGCUUGGUGGAAAAAGGACAAUUAGGUGUCCCACAUGUGUGCUACGACUGAGCCAGCCCUCGGAAAGAGAAAAGCCAUUUACUGUCUUUGGACUAUUUCUACAACGUCCCACUUUAUUUAUAACCAGGUACUAUCAUUUCAAGCCAUCCUGUGAAUGGAAGCUCUGGUGACUGUUACUGAUCACCCCUCGAGUAUACUUUUUUUUUUUGCUCAUUCUUUCUUCAUAAGGAGGUGCAAAUGCAGUUUUAUGUGUCAUUGCACAUAUUCCGCCACGCAAGUGUGCAUCAGCGUUGUCGGUGACCUAAAUCAGGGCAGAAAGAAACUCGCUGGUUCGAGUAAUGCCUGAGUAGGUCCAGUGAGGGCGCUAGAGAUCUGUUUUACAGGGCAGGCAAAAGAGCACACAAAAGGUGCACAAAAAAAGCCUCAAUUUCCAUGUCCUCUCAAGCACAGGUGACAGAGACAUUAUUCCCUCUGAAAUCCUGUCAAAGCUUUGGAAAAUACAGUAGUGUUUACCUAAAAAGUACAAUAUUAAGUCUUAUGAGCAGAGAGAAUGUACUUUUCUUACAAAUCUGAACAUAGGAAUAUUAUUUUGAAGUUUGAUAUUUGAAUGCCAAAAUGUGUUAAGACAAUUCUUUUUGAGAUUUUUGCAGGUCGCCAUGUUGGCAACCCGUUCUAAGCCUUAAGACGUGACUACUGAUGAAGCGACAGGAGAGUGUAGCCUGACACGAGUGUGUAGUUUACCACUUAUAUUAAUGUAAUAUGCCAACUUUCCGUCUUGUCUGUGUGACUGGUUUGACUAACGAAAAGGAGACGCCUUAAAAGAAUCCAAAAAAUGAGAGUGAGAAACCAUGACUCACUUUUGAUGAUGUUCUCAUUUGAUUUUGGUUUAAAGGCAUGCUUAGCUUCUCACACAAUGUUGCUUUCAAUCUCUUGUCUCCAUGUAGCGAUACUAUAAUUAAGACCAUGUAGCCUAUUAUUUUAACACUGUUAAGCUAUGCAAAGCAGACCCUGCGCUAACAAUGUGUGAGCAUUUACAGUCAGGAUCAGAGUCUGAUAACAGGUUAGUUUGCCACCAUUAAAUCAUCUUUUAUUUUGACCCCCUUUCACCUUGUGUGCCAUGGAAAGCAAACUGUAUGAAACAUACUGUAUGUCUUGUCUUGUUUCAGACACAAGUUGAAUAAACGCGUGUGAGGAAUUCUGAACUUCCCAUGAAAUGACUUUCUCAU